AUGGCGGAACGGGCUACCACGUCAUCACCAGCGGAAGAGCACACCGACCUUGAUACACAACCACAAGCCUAUGGAGCAAAGGACCCAGAAUCCGAAGUUCCCGAUACGCAACCGGGGAACCCAUCAGCACCAGCAACAACGACAACGACAAUAACUACUUUACGGCUAUUGCCACCACCUACACCAACCCUCCUCACCCUCCGCGCUAAAUCCUCCGAAUACCCGAUCACCAUCGCCCCCGCUAUCCUCACCCGCGCAAAAACUGAAAACCGCUUUCCAAAGAAGGUGUAG